UCGGCGGAGAGGAGGAGAAAGAGAGAGAGAGGGGAGGAGAGCUCCGUCUCUCCCGGUGCACUUGGCAGUCUAGUUGCGGGCUGCUGUGCUGUUGCUGUCGUGGCGUGGCUGGUCGCGCCAGGCGGGGAACUUCACCACACUGGAGCCCGGAGUCCCACUCUCUCACCUGCGCAGUUCGGAGCUGCCAUGGGUCUCUCGCCUGGAUUUACUGUCCUAAUUAUUUUACCGGCCUUUCUGCUGCCCAUCAGCGGCCUUUACAUCGCCAGUAGCGUUGACUCCCUGCAGCAUGUCCUGGGGGAGUAUGGACUGGUGAGGCCGAUCAGUGUGGACGCAGAGGGCCGCUUCCUGUCACACGCCGUCUCGGCUAGCCGCAUGGCAGGAGGGCAGUCCCGUAGGCGCCGGAGGAGGGAGGUAGGAGUAGGCAAUGAUGAGUGGGAAGGACAAAGGGAAGAGCCUAUGGCCUUUCGGCAAAAGCUUUACUACAACGUCACCAUCUUCGGCCGGGAAUUCCACCUGCGUCUGCACCACAAUGCCAGGCUGGUGGCCCCCGGAGCCAAGAUGGAGUGGCAUGAUGACAGCGACAGCACCCGGCACUCUGAGCCACUGCACGAUGAAUGCUUGUACGUGGGGGACAUCAAAGACACACCAGGAGCCUCUGUGGCUAUCAGCAACUGUGACGGCCUGGCUGGUAUGAUCAGGAUGGAGCAAGAGGAGUUUUUUAUCGAACCGGUGGAGAGGGGCGACGGAGUGAGAGGAGAGGAGGAGGAGGGAGAAGGAGGAAGGACACACGUCGUCUAUCGCUCCUCCGCCGUAAAGAAAGCGCCCGUCAGCAGCAUGGCAGCAGACUUCCACUCCAGAGGCGCUGACCUCGGCGGUCUGAUGGACCUGGAGUCUCUGUACCGCGGCGUGGAGCAGAGUAUCAACCACACGCGAGCGGGGCGAAUGCGCAGACAGAGCCUGGACAGGGCCUACAACAUCGAGGUGCUGCUGGGCGUCGACGACUCGGUGGUCCAGUUUCACGGGAAGGAGCACGUCCAAAAGUACCUGCUCACACUCAUGAACAUUGUGAAUGAGAUCUACCAUGACCAGUCUUUGGGAGCAAAGAUCAAUGUGGUGCUGGUGAGGAUUAUCAUGCUGGGCUACGGCAAGUCCAUGAGUCUGAUUGAACUGGGGAACCCAUCUCAGAGUCUGGAGAACGUGUGUCGCUGGGCCUUCCUUCAGCAGAAGCAGGACACGGGGGACGCUGAGUAUCACGAUCACGCCAUCUUCCUCACACGCCAGGAAUUUGGCCCCACGGGCAUGCAGGGUUACGCCCCAGUGACGGGCAUGUGCCAUCCGGUUAGGAGCUGCACUCUGAACCAUGAGGACGGUUUCUCCUCUGCCUUUGUGGUGGCACACGAGACCGGACACGUGCUGGGGAUGGAGCACGAUGGUCAGGGGAACCGCUGUGGAGACGAGGUGCACAUGGGCAGCAUCAUGGCUCCGCUAGUGCAAGCUGCAUUCCACCGUUUCCACUGGUCCAGAUGUAGCAUGCAAGAGCUGGGACGCUACCUUCAUUCCUAUGACUGUCUCCGGGACGACCCCUUUGACCACAACUGGCCGUCUCUGCCUCAGCUUCCUGGUUUGCACUACUCCAUGAAUGAACAGUGUCGCUUUGACUUUGGUGUGGGCUACACGAUGUGCACCGCGCUACAAAAGGCGGGCCAGUCAGGAUCGCAGUAUCGCACGUUUGACCCGUGUAAGCAGCUGUGGUGUAGCCACCCAGACAAUCCCUUCUUCUGCAAGACCAAGAAAGGGCCGCCCAUUGAUGGCACCAUGUGCGGCAAUGGCAAGCACUGCUUUAAAGGCCACUGCAUCUGGUUGACACCUGACAUCAUAAAGCAAGAUGGAAACUGGGGAACGUGGAGUGAGUUUGGCCAGUGCUCCCGCACCUGCGGUGGAGGAGUACACUUUCGCACACGCGACUGUGACAAUCCUAGACCAGCCAACGGGGGCCGCACCUGCAUGGGGGCGACUCACCAGUUCCAGAUGUGCGACACCAACGAGUGCGAGGAUAUCUACAGCGAUCCGCGAGAGGAGCAAUGCCACGCCUGGGACCCCCGCUUUGAAAUCUACAGCAACAAGCACCACUGGCUGCCUUAUGAACACACAGACCCCAACAAACGCUGCCACCUGCAUUGCCAGUCCAAGGAGACACGAGACGUGGUCUUCAUGCAGAGAAUGGUCCUGGACGGCACACGCUGCUCAUACAAGGACCCGCACAGCGUGUGCGUGCGUGGGGAGUGUGAGAAAGUGGGCUGCAACGGAGUGGUUGGCUCCUCAAAGCAGGAGGACAAGUGUGGAGUGUGUGGAGGAGACAACUCCAGCUGCAAAACCUUCAAAGACACCAUCACACGUACUGCCAAGAAACAAGGUUUCCUCAAAGUUCUUGAAAUCCCCAGAGGAGCGAGACACUUAUUGAUCCAAGAGCUGAAAGCAACCUCUCACACUUUAGCUGUAAAGAACGUGGCAUCAGGACUGUUCUUCUUGAACGGGGAAAACAAUUACCCAGAAUCCCACUCGGUGAUAGAAAAGGGCGUGGAGUGGGAAUAUCAGAAUGAGAACGACAAGGAGACACUUCAGACCACUGGUCCUCUCAGACAUGGAAUUCUGAUCAUGAUGAAAUUGCAUGGAGAUGAGGAUGUGAAUUUGUCUUAUAAGUACAUGAUGAACAUGGACAGUGACUCUGCCAUUCAGAACAACAUGCUGGUGGAGGACAGUGCCUAUGAGUGGGCUCCAAAGAGAUGGUCCUACUGCUCCAAGGCCUGCGGCGGAGGGAAGCAGUACCUGCGAUACGGAUGCAGAAGAAAAGUUGACAGUAAGAUGGUCCACAAGAGCUUCUGUAACAAAUCCAACAUGAAACCUAGAGGAGACACCAGAGACUGCAACCAGAAGCCCUGCCCCCCACCCAUCUGGGUGACAGAGGAGUGGCAGAACUGCAGCAAACCAUGUGGAAAGACAGGGAUGCAAAUCCGCUCGGUCAGCUGUGUCCAGCCGUCAGAUGACAACACCACGCGCUCCAUCCACAAUAAACACUGCAACGACGACCGGCCCGAGACUCGCAGACCCUGCAACCGACACCCCUGCCCGACCCAGUGGAGAGUCGGACCAUGGUCGCAGUGCUCAGUGUCAUGUGGUAACGGGACCCAGCAGAGGCAGGCUCUGUGCCACACCAGGGACAACACCAUCGGCCUGUGUCUGGACAGUAAGCCCGACACCAUCAGAGUCUGUCGCCUGGAUCCAUGUCCCAAGGGCUCGUCAGACCUCAACAAGAACGGCAACAUCCUGAUCCAGUGGCUGUCUCGCCCCAACUCCAUCUUACCGAAGAUCUCCUCACGCCAGCGUUGUCAUGGAGACCGCUCUGUGUUCUGUCGUAUGGAGGCGCUGAAGCGCUACUGCUCUCUACCGGACUACCGGCGCAUGUGCUGCAAGUCCUGCAACAAUGUCACCAUUACAGAACCUCCCACCAACUCCACAUCCAUCCUGCCCAGUGCUUCUCCACCCACCCUCAGCAGAGCUGUCAUCACCACCAUUUCAGCUUCUGACAUCAAUCCCUGGACCACCACUCAUCCUCCUACCUCUACCACUGCUGUUACUCAUUCCACCCCUUCCCAACUAAGUGCUACACAAAUGAUCACCACUCAUCCUCCAGCAGCCAACAGUGCUCCUGUCCUCCCCACUACAAGGACCUCAGUUAUUACAACUUCCCCUGGUGUUACUGGUCAUCCCCUACCUCUGCCUGUCCCAGACACAGACGUGAACACAGACACACAAUUACAGAGCACUACAAAUAGUCCAGCAACAUCUGUUAUAACUGGCAAACAACUUCCAGCAACUUUGUCAACUAUGACAAAUCCAACAGAAAGCAGUACGAAAACAGACGCCCCACUAAAAUCCAAGCCCAAAAAGAUUCCGCCAAAGAAAACCCUCAAAAAGGUGAUUCCACCAAAGGUUAAUCUCAAAAAGAACACUGCAUUAAAAAAUACUACAAGAAAAGAUGUUCCACUAAAGAUCAAUCCCAAAAAGAAAACAAGUGAUAUUUCAAAAAAGAAUACCCCAUGGAACAGCAAACCCCCAAAAAAUAGACCAGAAAAAACAACUCCCAAAAAGACUACUCCCAAACAGACUACUUCCAAACAGACGACUCCACCAAACACUACUCCCAAACAGACGACUCCACCAAACACUACUCCCAAACAGACUACUCCACCAAACACUACUCCCAAACAGACGACUCCACCAAACACUACUCCCAAACAGACUACUCCACCUAACACUUCUCCCAAACAGACUACUCCAACAAACACUUCUCCCAAACAGACUACUCCAACAAACACUACGCCACCAACUACUACUGCCAUAAAGACUACUCCUAAAAAGAAGACUCCCAAAAAGACUACUCCUAAAAAGACUCCCCCUAUAAAGACAACUCUCAAAAAAAAGACUCCCAAAAAGACUACUCCUAAAAAGACUCCCCCUGUAAAGACAACUCUCAAAAAGACUCCUCCAGUGAAGAAGACUCUGGAGAAAAUACAUAAACCCACGCUUAAAAAGGAGGCUCCCCCAAAGGCCAAUCCCAAAAUGAACAUUCAGCCAAAGACAAAAGUUACAAAGAAAAAACAAACAAAGACAAAUCCUCAAAAGACCCCAAAACUAGGUCCAAAAAAUGCCAUGGUUAAUCAGAAUAAGACUAAGAGUAACCCAAAAAAGACAACACUUAAAACAAUGCCUUCAUAUUAUACCACAGCCCCCACUCCAAGUCUAGAACAACUGAGGGAGUACUUUUCUUCCACUAUCUCAUCCAGCACUACUGUAACAAUAGCUGCAGGCGUACCUUUGCCCGAGUCCAGAAUCAAUGUUACUUACAUCAAUAACAAAACUGCAACCAUAGAUGAAACUCCACUGUGGUAUCCUGAUACUUCAACGAUAACACCUAGCACUUCUGGGGACUUCAUAACACAGACUGGAACCACUCAUUUUGAAGAAGUCAACAUGCCAUAUAGUGAUGUCACAAUGACCAGCAGCGGUGAUGUCACAGUAACCAGCGGAACCAUUCUCAGUGACGAUGAUGUCACAGUGUCCUACAGCAACGUGGGAGUGGUCAGUGACACCAUGGUGCUGGACGAUGGCCUCACUAUGGUGAUCCCAACUAUCAAUAGCGAAGAUAUGAUGGACCUCGCUUCCUCACCCUGGCUGGACCUGUCUGAGUAUAUCCCUGUGACCUUCCCUGUUCCCACGAGCAUCUCAGACCCUGCCACAACCUCACCUCCCACCACCAUUGCCCUGACAACAGAAAAAACAGCCAUCGCAACCAUCACCAGACCAGUGGAGAAUAGUGAGAACAACUCUAUCGACAUCAUAUACAACAGGAUCAUCGGCGUAGACAAUGACAUUUUCCAGAACAAUCUAAUCCCAAAGCGUCGAGUCAACUUCCGAGAGAGAACCAAGAACAAACGCAUUCAGGAGCUUCUGGAGGAGAAGAGGAACUUUCUCCUCCGGAUGAAGAGAGGCCAUGCAGCAUGAUAGACCUCCUCAUUUCUCUUAUAGAGAUGAACACUAUAUUUACAGAAUUUUUAAACCCUCUGAACUGCCAUGAUGCUUUCUAGGCCUAUCCGCACAAAAGAACUGUCAUAUCACUAACAUGACAAUCAGGACUGUUGCAGAGAGAGAAUAUUAUGGCCACAUGUUUGAACAGUUACUUUGAAUAAAGAAAAGCCCUUUAUAGUACAGAUUGAAGCAGAUUUAAAAGCUAAUCGCCAAACGUGUCAAUACAACAAUGAGAAACAGAGGGGAUGAAAAGGGUACAUCCAGUUUGCUCGUUUGGCCAGCACUACACAAAUCCAAGCUUUCGUCCCUCCAAACCACCCACAGUCGCAGACUCGUCAAUGAUAAGUGUGAUGUUUGUAGAAUGGUAUUAUCCCGACCGGCACUUAUGGAGCACCAUAAUCUACCACCUGGAAAUCUCCAUCUCCAUAUGAAAUUACAGCCCAUGACUGCAGCCACUUUCCCCACAAACAGAUACAUCUCAUUCCCUCUUGGUAAAUCCAAUUCUCCUUUUGGGUUAAUUGAAUUGUGAAAAGUUUACACUGCUUGGAUUGUGUUGCCUUUUUCAAAGCAAAUGCCAGUCUGACUACAUGGGGUCUCUCAUCUCUCAGGAAGUUAAGAUGCAGCAUGUUGAGAGACAUAGCCAGACACUUGGUGCGCCCGGAAUUUUGAUGAUAUAUUUUGAUAUCUCAUUAAGCUAGGUGGAAAAACAAAAUAAGUGAGGAGAAAAAACUAUAUUGAUUUCAUUUUUCUUUUUCUUUUUUUACGGUCAGUUAAGUACGAUGCUUUUUAUGUCAGUGUUGCUAAAAGUGGUGUCCCUUGUGCAUUUAUUUAUGUAAAAAAAAUGUCUAAUAAAAUAAACAAGCCUGUUUGUAUUGACUGUAUCAAAAUAGAAGCUUUGGGGCCAGUUUGUUUUCUUUUGUAAAAGUUUUAUUAUUGGUACAUCUCAGCCUUGCAGCAGCUGCAAAAGCAUCCAUGGAUCUUUCUGUACGAUAUCUGUACAUAUGAAAAAGAAC